AUGGGACAGAUUCUCUCGCAACCAGAGACAGAGAAACACUCCGAGAAGGACUCUGAUAAGUACUUGGCCUACGGCUUAUCGUGUAUGCAAGGAUGGAGAAUCAACAUGGAGGACGCCCAUGCUACCAUCUUAGACUUGUACAAGGAUAGCGACGAGAAACACGACCACACAGCCUUUUUCGGAGUGUACGACGGUCACGGAGGUGAGAAGGCCGCCAUCUUCACGGGAAUUCACUUGCAUGAGUUGAUCAGCAAGACUGAAGCCUUUAAAAAGAAGGACUACGUUAAUGCAUUGAAGGACGGCUUUUUGUCGUGUGACGAAGCCAUUUUAGAAGACGAGGAGACUUACAACGAUGAGAGUGGAUGUGCAGCCACGUCUGUAAUUGUCACUCCAUCAGAAAUUUUGUGUGCUAACGCUGGAGACUCGCGUACAGUGAUGUCCAUUAACGGUUACGCGAAGGCAUUGUCCUACGACCACAAGCCAAUGAAUGAGGGUGAGAAGGCACGUAUCUGUGCUGCUGGCGGUUAUGUGGAUGUUGGCAGAGUCAACGGAAAUUUGGCGUUGUCCAGAGGUAUUGGAGACUUUGUUUUCAAGAAGAAUGCCGACUUGCCUGCCGAGGAGCAGAUUGUCACUUGUUACCCCGAUGUUAUCGAGCACAAGAUCAACUUUGAGCGCGAUGAGUUCAUCAUCUUGGCUUGUGACGGAAUUUGGGACUGUUUGACCUCGCAACAAUGUGUGGAGUGUGUGAGAAGAGGAAUCUACGAAAGAAAGCCAUUCACCCAGAUUUGUGAGGAGAUCAUGGAGUUGUGUUGUGCCCCUACCUCUGAUGGUCUGGGUAUUGGUUGUGACAAUAUGUCUAUUCUCAUAGUUGCGUUGUUGGACUACACCAAGGAGGAGACCUUGGAUCAGUGGUACGACCGUAUCAUCAAGAAGGUUGACGAACAUGAUGCACAGGUUAAAGCACACAAUGAUACUGACGCCGCUGCAGUGGCCCCCGAGUACGGCCCCAUCUCGCCCCCUUACAACGACUUGUACAAGGAGAUCUUUGGGGAGCUUUACGACAUUGGACAACAGGCUAACAACGACCUGAGAUCGAGUGGGCCUGGCGGAUACUCCAUGUUCGGGAACAUGGGUUUGCGUAACGGAGUCAGAGCCAUGGACGACGACCAUGACGAUGACUUGGACCGUGAUGACGACGAAGGUUUAAGCUCAGGCGCAAUCUCUUUGCAGAAAUUGUUGUCGAGCAAUGUGAUCACCAAUGAAAACGGUGUUAUUUACUUGGACUCGUCUUCGGCUCAAUCAUUGUUGGCAUCGUUUGGAAUGCCCACUGGCGGCAGCUCUGAAGAGGAGGACGAGGAGGAGGAUGGCACCGUCCAAAAGCAUAUUGAGGAGAUGGAUGACUCGGAGUCUUCGUAA